GGCUUUGAUCAGCUGUCCGCUUAAAAAUAACCAUCUCUACAGAGCUUUAAAUAGCAGUUGUAAAUGUGUGUAUAUUGUUCCAGAUUCCCAAGGAAGAUGAGGAGAAAGUUUGAGGCCAGAAUGACCCCUUCCUAUGUAAUAUUUCCGUUUGAUCCUCUUUCCAAUCGUGCUAUGGGUUGACUAUUACAUUAAUACUAAAUAAGUCAAUAUAAACAUAGUAGUAGCAGUAGCCAUAUUCUACUAUAGGUCUUACCUAAUAUACAAAGUAAAGUAAAUUAAUAGUCACUCACAACAGAUUGCCUAUAGCAAGAAGACCACCACCCACUGCGCAUUGUCAUUGCAAAACGCAGUUAUGCCUCAUCAUGCAUCAUGUGUGCUGUGCCUACUUGUUUCAGUUAGCAGGUGUUUGCAGGCAGCAGUGUGAGGGCACCGUCCGUUUGGAUCGCGACCGGUGCGACUUAACGGUGUGCAUUAAACGACGGCGCAAACACCACGGCGUCGCUUAUUCACUCAUCUUUCCUCAAUUCGCUCUAGCAGACGUUUGAUUGGCUGCCAAUGACAUCAUGCUCUCGCACACGGGACUCUCCAGCACCGAACGCCGUUCAAUUGACAAUCCCCGCCAACCAAAGACGAUGACGAUUCGACAACAACCCUCCCAUCACUGGUCUGGCGCUCACUGUAUGCCGCGGAUGAAUUGAAUAUUAAUGAAGCCGUGGAUUGGUUAGUAUACGUGUCAAUCCCACAGCGGGACUUCUGUAGGUUGUCCGAGUUCCCUCAGUAUUAUUACUGGGGGAGCCACCGGGUAAAAGUCAAAAUGUUGCCCAUCUACAUCACCGGGACGAACUGAACAGAGGCAGCGUUUUUCCGCGACGGGGAAUAAUAUCCGUUUAUACUGCACGCAAGGCAUAACACAACGUUGAAGAAUAAUUGUCUAGCCACAACCUCAUCCCGUUGUUUGCCUCCUGUUGUGCUCUCCUGACAGUGCUGCGUUGACUUCUCCGUGUCCGUCCCGCCCUCGGCCUUCCCCAUGCCUCCAUCUCCUCUAGACGACAGAAUAGUGGUGGCGCUGCCCAGGCCGGUCCGACCUCAGGAACUCCAACUGCGCCUGGACGCCAGCUACCUGGACGCCAUCGCCAUCAACAGCGGUGGCGGCAGCGGCAGCACCAGCAGCAGCAGCAGCAGCAGUAGUAGCCGUCGUACCAGCAGCACUAGCAUCAGUAGCAUCAGUACUAGCAUCAGUAGCAUCAGUAGCAUCAGUAGCAUCAGCAGCACCGGCAGCGGCGGCGGCGGCGGCGGCGGCGGCAAGACCAUCGUCAGCAGCACCACGCUGGUCCAGAUCCGAUCGACGACCGAUCUCGUGACGUAUAUGCCCUCAUCCAACGGCUCUACGCGCUCCUUGUCGUGUGGCUGCAGCAGUGCCAGCUGCUGCUCCGUCAGCACCUAUGAGAGGGACGCACGCGCUCACGCCCACCACGGCCACCACCACGCCCCCAGCCAGGUGAGCGCCAGCAGCCCCAACCUCAGCUAUGCGGGGCCGUCCUCCCCCAGCCCGGCGCCCACGGCGCUGGGCAGCCACGGGGCCGGGAGCACCCCCAGCCUCAGCUCCACCGGCCCGCCCCGGGCCCAGCACUCCUUCCGGGUCAUCCACCCCAACGAACUGGCCCGGCGGCUGGCCUGCUGCCCCGUGGGCCACCCGGUGGCGGGGCCCCUGCCCGUCAUCGUGGACUGCCGGCCCUUCACGGAAUACAACAAGGGCCACGUGCGCGGCGCCGUGCACAUCAACUGCUCGGACAAGAUCAGCCGGCGGCGGCUGCAGCAGGGCAAGGUCACGGUGCUGGAGCUGGUGUCCUGCCGCGAGGCCAAGGACUCCUUCAGGGGGGGGGUCUUCGCGCGCGACCUGGUGGUGUACGACGACAGCACGUCCGACCCGGCGCGGCUGGCCCCCUCGCAGCCCCUCAGCGUGGUGCUGGAGUCCCUGAGGAGGGAGGGCAAGGACCCCAUCGUCCUCAAAGGGGGCCUCCACGCGUUCAGGCAGUGCCACGAGCACCUCUGCGACCACUCGCUGCGGCUCCACGAGGGGCCAAACGGCGGCGGCGGCGGCGGCGGCGGCGGGCCCGGGGCGGCGGCGGCGUUGGCCGGCCACGCCGUCGGGCCGCUGCCGUCCAUGCCGGACAUCGAGAACGCCGAGCUCACCGCCAUCCUGCCCCUCCUGUACCUGGGCAACGAGCGGGACGCGCGGGACCUGGCCAUGCUGCGGCGCGCCAACAUCGGCUUCGUGCUCAACGUCACCACGCACCUGCCGCUGUUCCACUACGACACCGGCCUGUUCUGCUACAAGCGACUGCCCGCCACCGACAGCAACAAGCAGAACCUGCGCCAGUACUUUGAGGAGGCCUUUGAGUUCAUCGAGGAAGCACACCAGGCCGGGAUGGGCCUGCUGAUCCACUGCCAGGCGGGCGUGUCGCGCUCGGCCACCAUCGUCAUCGCCUACCUGAUGAAGCACACCUGGAUGACCAUGACCGACGCCUACAAGUUUGUGAAGGCGCGGCGGGCCAUCAUCUCCCCCAACCUCAACUUCAUGGGUCAGCUGCUGGAGUUCGAGGAGGACCUGAACAGCGGCAUCACGCCUCGCAUCCUCACGCCCAAACUCAUGGGGGUGGAGACCAUGGUCUGAGGCACCCCGUCUCCAACCCGUUGUUUCUUCUUCCUCCACCACCACCACCACCACCACCAAGAAUAACCACAACAACAAAGAAAUCACACACACACACACACACACACACACACACACACACACUCUCACACACAC